ACAAGAGGCGAGGCGGAGACUGUCACUACGUCUCCCAUAUCUCUGACAGACAGACAGACAGACAUGCGUGCUGUGGUUCUCUUGUCCCUCAUCGCUGUGGCCCUGGCCCAGCAGCCAUCGCAAUGCCCUGGACCAUCGGCUUUCUCUGGCAGAUUCCGCAGGAUUGACCGCGAGCGCCAGUACUUCGUCGACGGCAGGAUCUGGUAUGACGAGCUCAACCGUCGCGUGCGCGAGUUCGAGGCUGAGGAGAUCGGGAGGGACCGCGAGUUCAUCGACAGGCUCGUCCUCUACAACCUGAACAUCGAGUAUACCGUGAACCUCCGUAACCGAACCUGCACGGUCAGUGCCCCACGUCGUCCGUUCGUGCCCUACGGCGUGCCCCCAGAUGCCCGCUUCCAGGGAGAGGGCACAGCUGGCGUUGUUGGCAAGCCUGGCGAGGAGGUCACUCUCGCCAUGUUCUCUGGCACUUUCUCAGGGGAGAACUACUUUGUCAGUGUAACGGAACCCGACUGCUUCCCAGUCCAGUUUGGUCUCCUCGGCAACCAAAGUUUCUUCCACCAGGAGUUCUAUGAUGUAGUGGAAGGCAUCAACGACCCCGAGGCUUUCAUCCCGCCCCAGUCCUGCUUGUAACCGCGAGAGGUGGUGACUGCAGUACAAAGCCAGUUUGUGUGUUGAUGUUGGUGUAAAUGUUAAUGUGUUUUGUCACUUUCAAAAGUAGCUACACAUUCAAUAAACGUGAUUCGGACAA